AUGUCGUCCACCAUUAACGAUGAUGAGCUGUCCAUGUCUCUUCCUCAAGGGGACUCGACUCGAGUACGCACCUCACUUCCUCCUGUCGUUUCCCCACCUGCUAGGUCAAUUGCAGGGCAAACACCUGUUUCCGAGUCCCCAGGUACCGCUCGAGCGAUGAACCGCCUGCAUCAAUACAGUUUUGUCCGCAAUAUCGGAGAGGGCUCCUUUGGUAAAGUGAAGCUGGCUAGACACAAAGUGACCGGUCAAGAGGUAGCAAUGAAGACCAUUAGUCGAAGGAAAUUGAUCAGUCGAGAUAUGGCGGGGCGCAUCGAGCGCGAGAUCCAGUAUCUUCAAUUGCUUCGACACCCUCACAUCAUCAAGCUCUACACUGUGAUUACGACCAAGACUGACAUCUACAUGGUCUUGGAAUAUGUGCCCAUGGAAUUGUUUGACUACAUUGUUAAGCAUGGUCGUCUUGGAGAGGCCAAAGCAAGGAAACUGUUUCAACAGAUCAUUUGCGCAGUCGAGUACUGCCAUCGCCACAAGAUUGUUCAUCGAGAUCUUAAACCAGAAAAUCUGCUGCUCGACAAGAACAUGAAUGUCAAAAUUGCCGACUUCGGUCUCAGCAAUAUCAUGACUGAUGGCAAUUUUCUCAAGACCAGUUGUGGAAGUCCAAACUAUGCUGCACCUGAAGUUAUUGGCGGAAAAUUGUAUGCUGGUCCCGAGGUGGACGUUUGGAGUUGUGGUGUUAUCCUUUAUGUCUUCCUCGUUGGUAGACUUCCCUUCGACGAUGAGUUCAUCCCUGCACUGUUCAAGAAAAUUCAGGCAGGCACCUUUCACAUUCCUUCCCAGACGCCUCCAGGAGCGGUGAACUUGAUCAAACGAUGCCUCCAAGUACAUCCCGUUCAUCGAAUCACCAUUCCGGAAAUUCGACAAGAUGAGUGGUUUAUCAAGGAUCUACCUCCUUACCUCGUGGAUCCAGUGGAGGAGUUCUUGGAUACCGGUGUUGAUCCCUCCAAAGCAAUUGAUCCUAGACAACUCGCGCCAGGCAUGUCUCUCGAAGUUGUUGAAAAGAUACACGAGUCAGUUGUGGGUAAACUCGGACGGACAAUGGGUUAUGCGAAAGAAGAUGUCAAGGAUGCACUGAGCAAAGAUGAACCGAGUGCUAUCAAAGAUGCAUAUCUUAUUGUGCGAGAAAACCAGCUGAUGGUCGACACACCCCAAUAUCUGGCUGAGAAUCCCGAGUUGGAGUCAUUCAUGGCUUCUUCCCCUCCAGUCGAACCCAAUUAUCCAAAUUUCCCGGGCUCACCUCUCGCUGGGCGGAAAUUUGAGGAGGUCAAACCUCUAACACCUUCGAGAGGAGACGCACACAGAGCAAGUCGCACGCUUUCUGAAACCCCUGUACCUGUGAAGGAAAUAGAGAAGCCAAGAGUGUCGACUGUUCGCGCUCUUGCCACAUCCUUACCCCACGUCCACGAAGAACUCAUGCAAAUCCGCGAACGAGCCAAGGCCCGGGGUGAUGAUCCAGAUCUUGCCCUUCAUCCUUCCCAGGAUACUGACAAAAAGGAUCAAGAAAGUCCUAUACCUGAGGAAAUCAAGGACGCAGAAGGAAAUCCGAUUUACCGAUCCAAAGAAGAGCAAGAAGCUACCUCAAGAGCUUUGAAGCCCCAUUCAAGAUCUGUCACCCAGUUGAAUUCUUUGCGUGAGACCAAAGACAAACCCAAGGGUUUGACAACUGCCAGCCAAGAUGAGAAACGCCCCGCUGCUGCAAAGGCCAAGACUCGAAAAUGGCAAUUCGGUAUUCGAUCUCGAAACGAACCAUAUGAAGCGAUGAAAUGUUUGUAUGCAGCACUUAACGCACAAGGCGCAGAUUGGGCUAUAACCCCAUGGCUAAGGCCAGACGUUUUUGCCGAUGGUGAAGACGAAAGAGAUAAUAUCCCGGCCUUACCAGUCGACCUUGCUCCUGGAGAAAGACACACCAUCCUUCAGCAAAGAUAUGAUUUCGUGGGUAGUGACUAUUACAUUCCUCGUGAUAGUUACAACAUUCGAGCUCGGGUCUUAAAGAAAGGAAUGCUCAUGCCUGGAGAGGCGCCAUCUCUCUCAGCCCACAGCUCGGCCGUGAGUUUGCCACAGGAAGCUCAGCAUCAAUUGAAGAAGCACAUCGAACAACUUGGAUUGUACGCAGAAGAUGACCUCAAGUCUAUGUUGGGCGUAAAUCAACUGAAUGGCAUAAACGCUUCGAACGGCUCGUCAUCCAAGACCAAAUCCCCCUUGAGCAGUGGACACAGUAGCCGACAAAAUACUGGUCCCGGCGACUACGGUUCCCUGGGGCAAGACUCUUUCACGGGUCCAGGACAACCACUGAGUCGACCGGAUAGUUUGGCGGCAUUAAACAAGAAGAUCCCAAGCGAAAACAUUGGGGUUUGGGUCUUCCUCGACAUUCAGCUCUACGCAUUGGAAAGUCAAACCUUUGUGGUUGAUUUCAAGUGCGAUGGCUAUCAGAAUGUCAUCUGGCACGAUCCCAAGAAGGACCGUAAUCAGAACAAGACACCUAACAGCAACAGCGCCGUCACAAGUCCUGCGACUAGCAGGCCAGCUAGUGGGUUUGGAGAAAUGAGUCACUCAAGUUCCGAUCGAGUGGAUGAGGAAGGCACGGGAGGAUAUUGGCGACCAGUUAGCAAGCGAUACAAGAAUCUGGAAAAGGAGAUCUCAAGUCCUUAUCCCUAUCUUGACGUGGCUAGCGAUCUGGUUGCGCAGCUGGCAGAACUCAAUGCACCACAAGAUGUGCUUACUUGCGUAAGGAAGAUUGGAAUACCUAAGACUCCGUCAUCAACACCGUUGAACCUGCCUCAAUGUAUUCCAAUGGAUGCCACUCAACUUGGCCUUGUAUCCUCAAUCUUUACGCUUGGCGGCUUGUUGGGGGCGUUGGCAUCGGGAUCUUUAUCAGCCCGCUAUGGUCGACUGCAUGUGAUGCGUGUGAACACGAUUCUUUUGGCUUUGGGCCCAUUGGCUGAAGCGUUGUCUCCCAACAUUGGCGCGUUGGCAUUUGGACGCUUCGUGUCUGGUCUCGGUGCUGGCGUGUCUGUUGUCGUCGUGCCAAUUUAUAUCAGUGAGAUUGCUCCACCAGCUGAGAAGGGUUUCUUCGGCGCAUUCACUCAGAUCAUGACAAAUAUGGGCAUCUUUACGACGCAGUUGCUAGGUUACUUCCUUAGUCAUGGCUCGUUAUGGAGAGUCAUUCUCGCGGUUGCGGGUGGCAUUGGCGCAAUUCAAUUCUUGGCCUUGUUUGGCGCAAUCGACAGUCCGAAGUGGACAGCAGAGAAUGGAAAUACUAGACAGGCAAAAAUUGAUCUACGCAAAAUCAGAGGUGAAUCGGCCAACAUUGACGAUGAGACUGCAGGUUGGAAUGGUGCCGAUGAUGGUGAUGUUGAUGAUACAGAGGAACAACGAACCCUACUAUCUAGCCCCGAUGACAACCCAUCUCUCUCCAAGCCCGGCAAACAAGAGCCACUGAGCAUUAUCGGGGUCCUCCGUUCUCCCACCAACAACCGGGCCAUCCUCGCUGUCGUGGUGGUAAUGAUGGCCCAACAGCUCUGCGGCAUCAACAGCAUCAUUAUGUAUGGCGUCUCACUCCUCGCAGAUCUUCUCGCUGCAAACUCCGCCCUACUCAACAUCCUCGUCAGCGUCCUCAACGUCAUCGCAACCACGGGCUUCGCUCCCCUCGCCGACAUUCUCGGUCGCAAAACAGUCCUCCUGGCCAGCAUCGGCGGCAUGGGUACCUCAAGCAUCCUCCUCGCAAUUGGUAUGCGUGCCGCAAUCCCCAUCCUUUCCGCCCUUGCGGUUCUGCUCUUCGUCGCAAGCUUCGCCUUCGGUCUGGGCCCUGUCCCUUUCAUUUUAGCUUCGGAGCUCGUCGGCCCUGAGGCCGUCGGAGCAACUCAAUCGUGGGCCCUCGCGGCGAAUUGGAUCUCGACGUUCAUCAUCGCCCAGUUCUUCCCUCUCGUCAACGAGCGUCUAGGGCUGGGUGUCGUGUACUUCGUGUUUGCUGGGCUUGCGGCUGUAUUUUUCGUCUUUGUCGGCUGGUAUGUUCCUGAGACGAAAGGGAAGAAGGACGCCGAUGAGGUUUGGGGCCGUCAGCCUAGAAGGGAGGAUUAA